AUGAGCUCCAUUAAGAUUCCCAUCGACGCCAUCACCUCGCGAUUUGGUGAUCGUUUUAGCAGCAUGCGUGCUCAGUCGAUUGGUACGCGCUUUGCGAACCUCCGACCGGUUUCCGAAUUUCUUGAUCUCAAGCGAAUCUCCAAACCGGCCAAUUUUGGCGAGGUGCAAAGCCGCGUGAACUACAAUCUGUCUUACUUUUCCAGCAACUAUGCAGUGGUCUUUGUGAUGCUCAGCAUCUACAGCUUACUGACAAACCCCGUUUUACUCUUUGUUAUCAUCCUAGUUACCGGUGGCUUAUACGGUAUCGGGAAGCUGGAAGGUCGCGACCUGGAACUAGGAGUUGCUCGCUUCAACACCUCGCAGCUUUACACCGGACUGUUGAUUGUGGCCGUUCCCCUGGGAUUUUGGGCCUCUCCAAUUACGACUGUGCUCUGGCUGAUCGGUGCGACGGGAGUGACUGUCUUCGGCCAUGCGGCUUUCAUGGAUAAACCAAUCGAGAAUGCUUUUUCCGAGGAGGCGGUCUAG